AUGACAGAGAACCAACUUGAUAUUCAAGUAUUUAAAGAUUAUAGUAUUGAUUUUACUACUAAUGUUCCAUUGGUGAAUGAAAUUAUGGCAAAAGAGGUUAUUAAGUAUUUAUAUAAAGUAGAUAUGACUGAUAUGAAAAUAAAAGAUAUCCAGAGUAAUGAAGAAAUAGAUAAAACAAAUGAUGAUUAUGAUUAUGCUAUUCAAAUGGGAUUAUAUUCACAUAAUAGUAUUUCUAAUAAAUAUAUUGUAGGUGGAAUGGUAGUUUCUAGUAAAGAUAAAGUUCCAUAUUUGUUUUUAGCUAAUUCAUAUUAA